GAAGAAGAACAGUCACUCUUUACCGCUUGAAACAUCUCGGAAUCCAUUUACUGACUGAGAGACGAAGCUAUGAAAUUCUAGAACUAGGGUUUUCCAAAGUUCCUUCAUUUUCUAGCAGCUCAAUUAAUCAAAGAGGGAAUUCUCCGACGAGUUCCAUCCACAGAACACUCUCUCCUCCGCUGCUACAAGAUGCGCUCUAAGGACAAAAUCGCCUAUUUCUACGACGGAGAUGUCGGCAGCGUCUAUUUUGGGCCAAACCACCCAAUGAAGCCGCACAGACUUUGUAUGACUCAUCAUCUUGUUCUUUCCUAUGACCUCCACAAGAAGAUGGAGAUUUAUAGGCCUCAUAAAGCAUAUCCUGUUGAGCUGGCCCAGUUUCACUCCGCUGAUUAUGUUGAAUUUUUGCAUAGGAUUACACCUGACACUCAACACUUGUUUUCUACUGAAUUGGCUAAAUAUAAUCUUGGGGAAGAUUGUCCCGUGUUUGACAACUUGUUUGAAUUCUGUCAAAUAUAUGCUGGUGGAACAAUAGAUGCUGCUCGCAGAUUAAACAAUAAGCUAUGUGACAUUGCCAUAAAUUGGGCUGGUGGAUUACAUCAUGCUAAAAAAUGUGAGGCAUCUGGGUUUUGUUACAUCAAUGAUCUUGUUUUGGGCAUUUUGGAGCUAUUGAAGUACCAUGCCCGUGUAUUGUACAUUGACAUAGAUGUACAUCAUGGCGAUGGUGUUGAAGAAGCUUUCUAUUUCACGGAUAGGGUGAUGACUGUUAGCUUCCACAAGUUUGGAGACUUUUUCUUCCCUGGGACUGGCGAUGUCAAGGAAAUCGGAGAAAAGGAAGGAAAAUUCUAUGCUAUUAACGUUCCGCUGAAGGAUGGAAUUGAUGACAAUAGCUUCAACCGGUUGUUUAAAACAAUAAUUUCCAAGGUUGUGGAGAUAUACCAACCAGGUGCUAUUGUUCUUCAAUGUGGAGCAGAUUCACUUGCUGGGGAUCGAUUAGGUUGCUUCAACCUCUCUAUUGAUGGGCAUUCUGAAUGUGUUAAAAUUGUGAAGAAAUUCAAUUUGCCAUUACUGGUAACUGGAGGUGGAGGAUAUACAAAGGAGAAUGUGGCCAGAUGUUGGGCUGUAGAAACUGGUGCCCUGCUUGACACAGAGCUCCCUAAUGAGAUCCCAGAAAAUGAGUAUAUUCAAUACUUUGGUCCAGAUUACUUGCUGAAGAUUCCUGGUGGGCACAUAGAGAACAUGAAUAGUAAAUCAUAUAUAAGUACCAUUAAAAUGCAAGUGUUGGAAAACCUCCGUUGCAUUCAACAUGCUCCUGGUGUGCAGAUGCAAGAUGUUCCACCCGACUUCUAUAUACCCGAUUUUGACGAGGACGAGCAAAAUCCUGACGAGAGAAACAGUCAACACACACAAGACAAGCAUAUCCAACGUGAUGACGAGUACUAUGAAGGUGAUAACGAUAAUGAUAAUAACAUGGACGAUUCUUAAAGGUGAAAGUGAAAGAUAACUGACUCUAUGUAAGCUCCGCUAUGUUCAUAUUUUUGUGUUAAGAUUUCUGUCAUUUUCUUUUCUUCUUCUUCUUCUUCUGUAAAGCUCUUUGAUGUUAGUUGUAGCUUUUGUCAUUGUAAGACUGUCUUGUCUUAGUUUCUCAUUUGAAUACAGUUUUCUUUUUGUUUAAAAUGAUUGUGAAAUGUUUCCAAGGGUUGGACUUGGAUUUUGAAGGGUU